GCUUCGAACCGGCUUCCAACCCCGACAGGUACGACGUCGAGGACACCUACUCCGGCAACUUCUUCGGGCACUACGAGACACGCGAAGGAGACGACACCGACGGCGGCUACUACGUCCUCCUUCCCGACGGUCGCAGGCAGAAAGUCAUUUACGAAGUCGAGGGGGACUCCGGUUUCCUCUCGCAGGUGACUUAUGAAGGGGAUGCCGGAACCUACUUCAGCACCUUCAACCACGGCCAUAGAGGAGUCGGAGGAGGGAGAGGAGUUGGAGGAGGAGCGGGUUCCUUUGGAGGCAGGAUUACUUCUGGAGGAGCAGGAGGAGGAAGAGGAGUUGGAGGAGGAGGGUUCGGAGUCUCCGGUUUUGCGUCGGGAAGAGGAGUAGGAGGAGGUGCUGGCUUUACUUCCUCAGGAGGGGUUCAAGUAGGUGGUGGUGGUGAGGGUGAAGGUGAAGAAGGAGAGGAACAAGAGGGUGGAGAAGGUGGAGAGGGAGCCGGAAGAGCAGAAGCUGUCGUUAGCCAAACAGGACCUGCAGUUGGAAGUGGGGCGAGUGUCGCUGUCCAUCAUGUUGGAGAUGGAGUUGGCGCAGGUGGAGCCGGAUUUGCCACUGGAGGAGGAGUUGGCGCAGGUGGAGCUAGCUUUGCUGCUCACACCGCUGGUGGAGUAGGUGCAGGUGGAGCCGGAUUUGCUACUGGAGGAGUAGGCACAAGUGGAGCUGGAUUUGCCACUGGAGGUGGAUUAGGUGCAGGUGGAGCUGGAUUUGCUGCUCAUACUGCUGGUGGAGUAGGUGCAGGUGGAGCUGGAUUUGCCACUGGAGGUGGAGUAGGCACAAGUGGAGCCGGAUUUGCCACUGGAGGUGGAGUUGGCGCAGGUGGAGCUGGAUUUGCUGCUCAAACUGCUGUUGGUGGUGCCGGAUUUGCCACUGGAGGUGCAGGUGGAGCCGGAUUUGCCACUGGAGGUGGAGUGGGCACAGGUGGAGCUGGAUUUGCUACUGGAGGCGCAGGUGGAGCCGGAUUUGCUGCUCAUACCGCUGGUGGAGUAGGUGCAGGUGGACCUGGCUUUGCUGCUCAAACUGCUGUUGGUGGUGCCGGUUUUGCUGCUGGAGGUGGAGCAGGUGGAGGAGUGGGUGUUCAUCAGAUUGGAGGUGGUGCUGGAGGAACAAGUGUGACUGUCCAUCACACUGGACCAGGUGGAGCUUCACUUAUUGGUCAACAAGCCGGUGGAGUAGGAGCAGUGGUUCACCAGACAGGAGGCGGACUUGGUGCCGGUGUAACUGUUCACCAGACAGGAGGUGGUGCUGGCUUUGGAGUUCAAACUGGAGGUGCAGCAGGUUUAGGUGGUACCAGGGUAACUGUCCACCAAUCUGGAGGUGGAGCUGGUUUUGGGGUUCAAACUGGAGGUGGUGUGGGUGGUGCUGGAGUUACAGUUCAUCAUACUGGAGCUGGAGCUGGGUUUGGCACUCAGACUGGUGGAGGUGCCUUUGCUUCUCAACAAACAGGAGGGCUAGCUACUUCUGGUGUCCACCAGACUGGAGGAACCUCACUGUCCUUUGGAAGUGGCAGCCCUGGCGGCAUUUCUGUUCAUCAUUCUGGUUCCCCGACUAGUGCUGGAGUCACCCCCGGCCCUGUGGCAAGUGCCUUGGUCUCUGGCCCUACCUUUGGAGCAGGUAACCAGGUAUCAGUAGGUCAGGCAGGUGUGGGUGGUGUUGCUCCUGGUUUUACAGGCACCCAGGGAACUGCAGCAUUUGGUGGAAGUGCUCAGGGAGGCUUUGGCGGUCUUGGAGGAGUCCAGGGAGGGAUAGGGUUUGGAGCUGGCCAAGGAGCAGGAGUUGGUGCUACCCAGGGUGUAGGAUUUGGAGGUCAAGGAGCAGGAGUUGGAGGCUUUGCUGGCAGUGCUCAGGGAGGAAUCGGCUUUGGAGGUGGACGAGAGGCAGGAUUUGGAGCGACACAAGUCAGUAUUGGAGGUAGCCAUGGAGCUGGAUUUGGAGGUGGUACGGCAGCACCAGGAUUCGCAGGCGCCCAGGGUGGAGUAGGAUUCGAAAGUGGUCAAGGAGCCAUAGGAUUUGGUAGUACCCAAAGUGGAGUAGGAUUCGGAACUACACAAAUUAGUGUUGGAGGUGCCCAAGGAUCAGGAUUUGGAACUACAAGUGCCCAAGCUCUGACAUCUGGUUUUGGAGGGGGUGUUUCAGUGACUCCAUCUAGUGUAACUCCCACAGCAAGUCCUUUUGUAUCUACACCAAGUCCUGUAAGUCAUUCUGUGACUCCUCCUGGUGUAACUCCUGCAAGUCCCUUUUUAUCUAGUACAGGCUUUUCUGUAACUCCUUCAAGUGUCUCCCCCACAGCAAGUCCUCUAGUAUCUGUUUCAGUGACUCCCCACAGUGUAACUCCCGCACCAUUUACUCCGGGUUCUGGGGGAGGUUUUUCAGUGACACCUAGUAUAACUCCUAUAAUUCCUACAGAAAGUCCAUUUGUAUCCAGCACACCCUUUUCUGUGACAACUCCAAGUCCUCCAGUAACUGGUGGUGGCUUUUCCGUAACUUCUCCAAGUGUAACUCCUACAGGAAGUCCUUUCGUGUCCAGCACCAGCUUUUCCGUGACCCCUUCCAGUAUAACCCCCACAGCAAGCCCUCUUGUUUCUGGAGGAGACGUGGGAGGAGUUAGCCAAGUCAGUUUUCACUCAGGAGCAGCCAGUGGUGGGUUUGACAUCCCUGGAUUUAGUGCUGGCAUCGCAUCGCAGGGCUCAGUUCCCUUCUCGAACAGAGUGGACGACGUGGCCAUUCAAGCAGGAGGCAUUGGCAGCGGACAAGCAGGAGCAGGAUUUGGAGGACAAUCAGUAGGAUUUGUUGGACAAACAACAGGAUUUGGAGGACAAGAAGUAGGAUUUGGAGGACCACCAGCAGGACUUGGAGGACCACCAGCAGGAUUUGGAGGACCACCAGCAGGAUUUGGAGGACCACCAGCAGGAUUUGGAGGACCACCAGCAGGAUUUGGAGGACAACCAGCAGAAUUUGGAGGACCACCAGCAGGAUUUGGAGGACCACCAGCAGGAUUUGGUGGUCAAGGAUUUGCAGGUGGAGAAGUAGGUGCUGGAUUUGGAGGACAAGCAGGAGCAGGAUUUGGAGGACAAGAAAUAGGAUUUGGUGACCAAGCAGGCUUUGGAGGUGGCCAGAGUUUCACAAGUGGACCCAUAGCAAGCCCUUUGGUAUCUGAUCCUUCAUUUGGAGCUGGCCAGGCAGGACCAGGCUUUGACGUCGGUCCUGGACCCGGCUUUGGCGCACAAGAUGCAGGGUUUGGAGGUGGCCAGAGUUUCACAAGUGGACCCAUAGCAAGCCCUUUGGUAUCUGAUCCUUCAUUUUGGAGCUGGCCAGCAAGCCCUUUGGUAUCUGAUCCUUCAUUUGGAGCUGGCCAGGCAGGACCAGGCUUUGACGUCGGUCCUGGACCAGGCUUUGACGUCGGUCCUGGACCCGGCUUUGGCGCACAAGAUGCAGGGUUUGGAGGUGGCCAGGGUUUCACAAGUGGACCCAUAGCAAGCCCUUUGGUAUCUGAUCCUUCAUUUGGAGCUGGCCAGGCUGGACCAGGCUUUGACGCUGGACCAGGAUUUGGAGCAGGAGCAGGAUUCGGUGACGCUCAAGCUAGAUUUAGGACUGACCUGGGGUUUGAAGUGGGUCCAGGAUUCGGAGGUGGUCCAGGACUCGUUGCUGGCCAUGCGGGUCCAGGAUUUGGCGGAGGCCCAGCAGAAGUAAACUUUGAUGGCACUCUGAAUAUAGACAUUGGAGGAGGCCCGGGAGGUGCAGGAUUUGCAGGUGGUCAAGCAGGGUUUGCAAGCAAUCAGAUAGGAAUUGGAGGUGGUCCAGGAUUUCCAGUGGGCCCUACAUUCGCAGGGCCUGGCGGAGGCUUCGGCUUUGGCCCCGGACCCGUUGCGAAUGCCUUGAUCUCGGCUCCAAUUCUCAGCUCAGAGCAGGUUGCAAGUCAAGGCUUCAUUGGCAACCAACUAGGCAGCGCAGGCGUUGCUGCCAGAAGCAACUUGGCUGGCCCUACGGUGGAGUUCCAGAUCGGCCAGCCCCUCGCAGCUGCAACCGUGAGGGGGAGCGCCGCGACCUCGCAAGCUGGCGUCCUCUCGAGCCUGGUCAACGCAAACCAACCGGCGCUCCACCUGAUCCCGCCCAGUCCAUCAUCCCAAUCGCCAGGUAGCGCAAGCCUAAUCGGGAAGAGCUUGUCAGGAGUAGACGCAGCCCAUUACAGUCUUUCCCUGAUAAGGUCGCACCGGCUUAAGCAUUGUGAAAUAAAGAAUAUCACGUUCGAGCUGGAAAAAGCCCAGUUAAUGAAUACAGUGGCUAGGGCAUGUCUGUGCAGAGAUGGGCAGUAUCGAUUCAACGUCACGUCGAUAUAUUUUCAUGAUCAAUUUGAAGAUGAAGUUAAUACCAGUGAAUUGCAAAGUGACCCGUUUGCUCUUCAUUUCAAUGCUUAUUUGAGGUCAAAAUUACGCUCAGGACCCCUUAAUGCCCAGAGUUUUGGUUCUGCUGUUUAUGACAGACAAGCUCAUAGCAAACCCUAA